AUGCUGUUACCACCACUAUCAGAUGAAAAUCCCAGAAGAAAAAAGAUUUUAACAUCUCCAAGACAACACCACCAAACUAAUGUUCGGGUAAAACCGGAACCUCCCGAAACAAAAGAUUCAUUCGACAAACUGCCGAAAAAGAACUUCUUGAAAAGUUCGAGUAAUAAUGCACGUAUAGACACAAGAACACCCAAAACAAGCAAGAAAAGCAGCACUUUCCCACCCGUAAGUGGUCCUUCGGCUUUAGCCUUGAGUUCGAAUAUCAAAACAAACAAAAACUCCCGGAAAAAAACUCCUCACUCGGAGAUCGAAAACUGUGCCGAGAAAAAAACCAGUGUUGAAGAUGUUCCGGAGAAGAUUAUUCAUGUGAUCGAGCCAAGAGAUGAAAACAUUGCCCAAGAAAGCUACAACUGCACUGAAUUUACUACUUUGACAUCAAAUGAGAACCAGAAUUCAAACAGGGAAAAAAAGGCUACAAGAGGUUUGAGUAUAAUUAUAUCCGAUGAUGCAAAGGAUAUUGCAACCAAGAAGCUGAAGUUUAGGAGAGGGAAAGUUCUCGAAGAUAAGUUAGCUCAUAAUAAGAAAAAUGAUGAUGAAAUGAGUAUUCUUAGGCACUGA